GUUCAAAUCAUUUGUUUUCAAAACUCCCUACACGUGUGACAAUAUUCAACAAAGUUUAUUUAUUUUAUUAAAUUAUGGGUCGAAAGAUACAAAAUAAGAAAAAAGUCCCUCAACUUGAGAUUGUGCCUAUGGAUGAAAAUCCUCCACUUCCAGCACAGAGAACUUCUGAGGACGUCGUACCCAAAAGAGAAAAAUGGGUAAAUAAGCAGCGUGUUCUAGUUUUUGCUGCUCGAGGUAUUAACCAUCGUGAUCGCCAUCUGCUGCGAGAUAUAAAAAGUCUAAUGCCUCAUCAUCGUCCGGAAUCAAAAAUGGAACGUUCGAAAACGCUAUCUGUAAUUAAUGAAAUGUGUGAAAUGAAGCACUGUAACAAAACAAUAUUAUUCGAAGGACGCCGAAAACGUGAUUUAUAUAUGUGGGUGGCUAAUGCCGCUACAGGACCUUCCGCUAAAUUUCUUGUUGAAAAUAUUCAUACAAUGGCAGAACUGAAAAUGACUGGUAACUGUUUGCGCGGAUCUAGACCAUUAUUAUCAUUCGAUACUAAGUUUGACGAAGUCCCACAUUUGAAGUUAUUGAAAGAAUUGUUCACACAAACAUUCGGUGUACCUAACCAUCAUCCAAAAAGUCAACCUUUUAUAGACCAUGUCUACACUUUUACAUAUCUGGAUCAUCGCAUAUGGUUCAGGAAUUUUCAAAUUCUCUCAGAAGAUGGUGGUUUAGCUGAGAUCGGACCUAGAUUUGUUAUGAAUCCCGUUAAAAUAUUUGAAGGUUCAUUUACUGGCAAUGCUAUUUGGGAAAAUCCAAACUAUAUAAGCCCAUCUCGUCAACGUCAAAUGUUAAAGAAAGCCGCAAAGGAGAGAUAUGUGAACCGUGUAGAACAGAAAGUUCAUCAAGAAGUUAAUAGGCCAAAGGAGGCAUAUGAAGGAUUAGAGUAUGAAGAGUUAUUUGAAAAUGAGGAUGCUAUAACGACAGCAAAGUUUCUAGCGGAGAAAGCCAAGAAAAAGGUGGUUGUGGAUCCAAGUAAAGAAAAACCUUCCAAGUCAGCAUUGACGAAAAAAAUCAAAGAGAAACAACUAAAAGCUGCAGUUGAACUAAUCGCGAAAAAGAAAGCAAAAGUUUCGAAUAAGAAAAAAAUAAAUGCUAAAAACAAAGCUAACGCUGCAAACGCCAAUAACGGCGCAAUUAAUAAGCCCGUUGUGAUAAUUUGUGGAAUUAUAUUUGUAAAUAAAAGAAGGUUUUUAAAUAAAUUGUUUAUAAUGUCUAUGCGACCAGAUGAUCAUCGUCGAAAAUGGGAUAAGACAGAAUACCAACGACUGGCACAGGAAAGAUUACAAAACCAGGCGGCUAAGGCAAAUCCGAAGGAUGAAGAACCUAUACAACGCGAGAACCUAAAGCGGCGGGACUACAAAGUCGAUCUUGACAGUAAACUCGGAAAAAGCGUUGUUAUAAACAAGAACACUCCUACCUCACAAUCUGGUGGCUACUAUUGUAAUGUAUGCGAUUGUGUCGUUAAAGACUCAAUCAAUUUUCUUGAUCACAUCAAUGGAAAAAAACAUCAACGAAAUUUGGGCAUGUCCAUGAAAGUGGAGCGCAGUACCGUCGAUCAAGUAAAAGAACGAUUUCAAGCGAAUAAAAAAAAGAUGGAAGAAAAACAAAAAGAUUAUGAGUUGGAACGGCGCCUACGUGAAGCUAAAGAGGAGGAAGAACGUUACAAGGAGCAUCGAAAAGAAAAACGGAAAGAGCGUAAAAGGAAAGCCAACGAUACCGAUCUAUUGGGUGGCGGUUUAUCUGAUGAUAUGGCAGCUAUUAUGGGAUUUUCUGGCUUUGGUGGAUCCAAAAAGAAUUCUUAGAAGAAAACAAGAAAUUCGUAAAUUUUUGGUUUUGUUUCUGUAAUAAUAUUUGUUAUUGCAUUAAACAUUGUAACAUAAAAGCUAGUAAAAAUAUAUGAACUUGAGCAAGAGAAACGUGUGGGAAGCUUCUACUGCCACCAUCUGACAUCGGAUUAUUCACGUGUGGCAACGUAGAUGACACCGGGCACUUGGACUAUGAUAGUAAUUCAAAGAUAUAAAUGAAAUAGAAAACAUAUAUUAAUAUUUAUAAAACUAUUUUAUAAGCACUUAAAACAAAACUACCAUAACUUACCAAAAGCGCUUUGUUUAUAACUUCGGCCGCAAAACUUCGGAGCAAUCGCGCUGGCUUCAGACCGCAUAGCAUUGCCGCUCUGACAUAAUUACAAUUAAUAAUUUCGGUGAAUUGCCUACAAAAAGUUAAUAUUUCGGACUAAAAUUAUUGUUUUAGGAUUUCGUCUAAAAAAUUUUCAAUUAUAAUUUUAAUUCUCAAAGUUAUUCAGAAAGAGUAAAAGGUUUGCAAAAAAUUCGGGCCAACAUAUGCAGAAAGAACGUUUCGACUAGUUGAAGAGUACAUUUAACACUUGCAUAUAAAUCUUAACGUAGAGAAUAAAAGAUUGUAAAACAUUAUUUUAAAUAUAUUGCAAAUAUAGAAUUUAAGAAAAAAUAAAUAUUAAAAACAAAAAACCCAAUUA